GCAUGGAGACAUUACUGGCCAGCUCUGAGUGUGGGCAGGGAUUAAACCAAUCUACCCACCUGUUGACCGGACAGCAAGUUCACACUGUGGAGAAACCGUUAACCUGUCCCGAUUGUGGGAUGGGAUUCACUCAAUUGUCCCAACUGAAUAGGCACCAGCGUAUUCACACAGGGGAGAGGCCGUUCACUUGCUCUGAAUGUGGGAAGGCAUUUACUCGUUCGUCUGACUUAGUGAGACACCAGCGAAUUCACACGGGGGAGAAGCCGUUUGCCUGCUCUGAGUGUGGGAAGAGAUUCAUUGAAUCAUUUGAGUUGCAGAGACACCAGACAAUUCACACUGGGGAGAGGCCGUUCACCUGCUCUGAAUGUGGGAAGGGAUUUUCUCGUUCAUCUCUGUUACUGAGACACCAUAGAAGUCACACCGGGGAGAAGCCGUUCACCUGCUCCGAGUGUGGGAAGGGAUUCACUCAAGCAUGGAGCCUGAAGACCCAUCAGCGAGAUCACACCGGGGAGAAGCCGUUCAUCUGCUCCGAGUGUGGGAAGGGAUUCUCUCGCUCAUCUGCGUUACUGAGACACCAGAAAAUUCACUAGGGAGAGGCCGUUCACCUGCUCUGAGUGUGGGAAGAAAUUAACUCAAUCUUCUCACCUGAAGACCCACCAGCGAAUUCACGCUGUGGAGAAAACAGUUGCCCCUCCCAACCAUGGGUAGGGUUUCACCAGUAAGUCUAACCGGGUGACCCCCCCCCCC